CAAAACCAACUCUUGGUUUUCUACUUCAUUCUUCAACUUCUCUCCCAACGCCUCUCCAACUCCAAACAGCGUAUUCGUCUUCUUCUUGGCUUAAUUGCUCUCUCUCUCUGUUUGUGUAAAGAUGGUGAAGGUGUCCGUUGUCCUUUUUGUUUUGGCGGUCUCGGCUGCCAUUGGAUUUGUCAACUGCGCGUCUCCGCCGUCGGCCGACUGUUCUACUGUCAUCUUCAACUUGGCCGAUUGUUUGUCGUAUGUGAGUAAUGGGAGCACGAUCUCUAAGCCGCAGGGGUCGUGUUGCAGUGGACUGAAGACGGUCUUGAAGACCAACCCAGAAUGUCUUUGUGAAGCCUUCAAGAACAGUGCCCAGUUUGGUGUUACUCUCAAUCAGACCAAAGCCGUGGAGCUUCCUGCUGCAUGUGGGGUCUCUACUCCUAUCAGCAAUUGUGGCCUGCCCGGUGGUGCUCCUAGCCCUGCUCCUGCGAACUCGCCAAAGACUCCAUCACCAUCUCCAAAAUCACCGAAAGCAGCGCCAUCUCCAUCGUCGCCGUCUCCAUCAUCUUCAUUACCAGUCACUGAGACCCCUGCCACAUCACCUCAGGCCUCCAAUCCGGGUGCCUCAGCUCCAGGACAAUCUGCUUACACGCCCAAGUCUUCGUUUCCUUCUCAUAGAGCUUCAUCUCCAGCUCCGGCAGCACCAAUGUCUCCAGCUCCUACACCUAUGAUCUAUACAAGUGAAUCUCCAGUUCCUGCACCCACAAGUGAGUCUCCGUUGAGUUAUCUACCUGGGUCAUCAGUGAGCUCCCCCCUCACUCCAGCUCCUACACCUGUGAGCUCUCUCUCCGACUCUUCAUCUUCAGAUUCCGGGCAGUUUGGUGCUUCCUCGUUUCUGCUUCCAUUAAUGGCUCUUUUUGUUGGUCUAGCUGUUGCUUCAUGAACUUCUUUAUCGGCUAUUAGUAUUUUCCCUUAAAAGUAUACUGUUUGCCAGUAUACUGAGGGAUUAUUAUUUUGAUGAUUUCUUUCUGUUAGAGUUCUUAUUGUGUUGUAUUAUCUCUACUCGUCUUAGAAUGACCUGGCAUUCUUUCUUC